CCUUUGGACCACUUCAUUUCUUCAUUUCUUCAUUUUCUACAAUGGCUUUUCUAUUGCCUACCAUCUUUCUGGGCCUCCUAGCCCUGUACGUGAUAAAUCGUCUACGAUCCAAGGGCAAUGGCAGGCCUCUUCCUCCGGGUCCGAAAGGCCUUCCCCUCGUUGGAAAUAUCAACGACAUGCCUAAACCCGGUAUCCUUGAGUGCCAUCACUGGCUAAAGCACAAAGACCUCUAUGGCCCGAUCAGCUCCGUGACUGUUCUCGGCCAAACUUUUAUUAUUAUCAAUGAUUCGAGCAUCGCCCUUGAGCUGAUGCGCGACCGUUCGGCUAUCCAUUCCUCUCGCCCCGUCCAAGUCUUCAGCCAAGAAAUGGUGGGAUGGAAGCACGGAACAGCAAUGAUUCCAUACAAUGACGAGUGGAAGACGCACCGCAAAAAUAUUACUAAGAUCGUCAGCACCAACGUUUCCCUAUCCAUGUUUGAUCGCGUUCAAGAGGUUGAAGCAGCACACUUCCUUGUAAACCUUUAUGAGUCGCCGGACCAGCUAUUUGACCAUAUUAGGAAGGAAGCUGGCAGUGUCAUCCUCAAAAUCGUGUAUGGCUACACGACCGAGCCACAUGAUAGGGACCCGUUCGUCGACCUGGCAGGUAAGGCAAUGGAAGAUUUCGCCGAAGCAAUCGUCCCAGGAAAGUGGGCAGUCGACAUCUUUCCUUUCCUGCGCUACCUCCCCGAAUCAUUCCCAGGAGCCGGGUUCAAGAAAGUAGCUCGUCGCAUGACGCUCCAUCUAAAGCAGACUGUCGACCAACCCUACCAGUUUGUCAAGCAACGGAUGAAUGAGAAGAAGCAUAAGACGUCGUUCCUCUCCCAGGCCAUCGAGAGCAUUGGCGGCGAUGCUGGUAUGGAAUUCUUCCACAAAUGGACCGCGUUAGCCAUGUAUCUAGGCGGCGCCGACACUACCGUCUCAUCCCUCAUGACUUUCUUCCUGGCCAUGACCUUGUAUCCCGACGUCCAAAAGAAGGCCCAGGAAGAACUGGACCGCGUUGUCGGAAGCAGCCGGCUCCCUGUCAGCGCCGAUUGUGCCAACCUCCCCUACAUCGAAGCCAUUAUGAAAGAAACUCACCGGUGGCACCCUGUUGUACCGAUGGGUAUACCUCACUCGAGCACGCAAGAGGACGUCUGCCGAGGCUACCGAAUCCCCAAGGGCGCCGCUUUGCUGCCAAAUACCUGGUGGUUCACCCAUGACCCCGCCGUCUACCCUGAUCCCAUGGAAUUCCGCCCAGAACGACACCUCACGACAGCCACGCACACGGCCGAGCCCGACCCACGGAACUGGAUUUUCGGAUAUGGGAGGCGCAUCUGCCCCGGCCGAUACGUCGCCGACAACGCGCUCUUUAUCACCAUUGCGCAGUCCCUCGCGGUCUUCAACAUUUCCAAGCCGGUAGAAAACGGCAAGGUUGUAGAGCCCCAGGUCAAGUUUGAGCCGGGGGCGCUCAGUCACCCCGCUCCAUAUCGUGCGGUAAUUAAGCCGCGGUCGGCGGCCCACGAGGAGCUGAUUCAGGCGGUUGAGAAAGACUUUCCGUUCGAUGAGAGUGAUGCUAAGACGUUGGAGAACGUCGCAUGGUAGCUAGCAUGUUAACUUUUGGCGGUCUCAUUUCUAUAUGCAUCAUGCGAAUGCCUUUUCUAUAAUUUAUAGGUACGGCAAUGUUCAAGACCACAAGAUCCGUGCAUGCAUGAAACAGGCGGUUACUCCGGGCGAUUUCUCCGACGGAGAUUAAUCGACGCUGAGAUUGAAACAUUGGCAGUGUAAACAUGAAACAGGAGAACGGCAGCACUGUGGAGCAGGCGCCUUCCACCUAUUUACUAGGCCCC